ACUGUUAUCCCUCCAUUCUCCAGGGAUGGGCCACUCUCUGUUUCUCCUGUUCUUCUCAGGGCUGUCUGUCCUCCCAUCAUGCCUCUCUCAUCAGUUCCACUUUGUGAACACGAAUAAAACCUGGACCGAAGCUCAGAGUUACUGCAGACAGAACUACACUGACCUGGCCUCCAUAGACGACAUGGCAGAUAUGAACAAGUUCAUUAACACAGUAGAGGCUUGGUUAUUAACUGAACCAGCCUGGAUAGGGCUGUGUAACACCAGCUGGAGGUGGUCUCCGGGAGACACAGAGUUAGAGAGUGAGGGGUUUUGGGGCGCGAGCCAACCAAAUAAUUUAAACAACAAUGAGUUCUGUGUGUGGAUGCGAAAUGGGUUAUGGCAUGAUGAGAACUGUGAAGCACAACAUCAUUUUGUCUGCUACGACACAAAUCUCACUAAGUACAUCCUCAUCACUGAAGAGAAGCCUUGGAGAGAGGCUCAGCGCUACUGUCAGAAGAACCACACGGACCUGGCCAGUGUGAGGGAUGAAGCAGAGAAUAACACCAUACAGGACAUCAUACGGGACACCACGAAGGCAAGUUCACUUCACUUCAACUAAUUUGUCUUGCACUUUGAGCACCGUGUUAAAAACAUAAUCAGCAUUUGCAAAACAUGUACAGGAAGAGGUGUGGAUCGGCCUGUAUAGAGAGUGGAGGUGGUCCGACCAGAGUGGCUCAACCUUCAGGAACUGGAUGG